CCAACUGUUAUAGUACUCAUGUCUGCAUUAGCUCCCUGUGAAUACAAGACGGGGAAAACCCUAGGUCAAGGUAGCUAUGCUACUGUCAAGGAAGCUGUCAAGAUGAAGACAGGUGAGCGGUUUGCGGUCAAAAUGAUCAGUAAAAAGCUCAUGCAAGGCAAAGAACACAUGAUUCUAAAUGAAAUCGAGGUUCUCAAAAGAGUCUCCAAAGGCCACAAAAACAUUGUUACGCUAUGGGAUUAUUUCGAGACGCCAAACAAUCUGUAUUUUGUCAUGGAUUUGUGUACUGGUGGCGAGCUGUUUAGUCGGAUUUGUGAGAAAGGUCAGUUUUACGAAGAGGAUGCUGUCAAUAUCGUACGGACUGUUGUCGACUCUGUCGCAUACCUUCAUGACCAAAAUAUUGUUCAUCGUGACAUCAAGCCAGAGAAUUUACUAUUCAAAACCAAAGACGAAAAUAGCGAACUCAUGAUUGCUGAUUUUGGAUUAUCCAAAAUCAUUGAUUCCGACAGACUGGAUGUGUUGCGAACAACAUGUGGCACCCCUGGCUAUAUGGCUCCAGAGAUUUUGAAAAAAGCUGGCCACGGAAAGCCUGUUGAUCUGUGGUGUAUUGGAGUCAUGACGUACUUUCUUCUUUGUGGUUACAUGCCAUUCGAUCUACAUACAAAGGGUACACACGAGGAAAUGGAGAAUAUCCUGAAUGCAAGAUUUCGGUUUGACGAUGAAUAUUGGUCAGACAUUUCAGAUAAUGCCAAGAAUUUUAUUCGUGGCCUGCUGAUUGUUGAUUCAAGUCGCCGAUUUACCGCGAGACAAGCUCUCGCACAUCCUUGGCUGUCAACAGCAGCAAAGGUACCUACCAUGACUCAUGUAUCCAACAAAGAUCUGUUUCCACAGGUCCUCAAGGGAUUCGAUGCUCGUCGCAUGUUCCGCAAAGCCAUCGAUGUUGUCAAAGCAAUCAAUAAGCUUUCUAGUACUCCAUCAGCAAGCCGAACCCAACUUCACGAUCCACCCGCACACCCCAACCCCGGUUCACCCCAAGCUCUAUCUCUGUCAAACCUGAGUCUCAGCAACCAUGAAUUGGCUGAUAAAAGCUUGCAAGCCUCUCAAGUCAAACCCUUGCCUAAUAGUGGCUCUGUUCCAUGGAGUAUGAGCGAUAUCCGUCCAAAAGAAGAUCCUCUUGUAGAUGGUAAACUUAUGGUGAUGGUGAAUUGCAAUUCGGGCAAUGCUACUACCGAGCCUCUGAAAUAAAUGCCAUGUUUCAUCAUAUUAU